AUGAUUCGGGCCCAGAGCCUGCCAUGGAGGGCAGUCCUUCGCCAAACGUUGUCGCGGAGUCUCCCAUGUAAAUACCCUUCCUCCUCUUCCUACCGGAUUUACAUCAGUUCGAGUCUCGAGGCACGGACACCACAUCAUUCGCCAUUUGCAUCGGCAGCACGAAGUUUCUCAUCAACCACUGCCCGCCGAAAAGAAAAGCCGCAACCUCCGGAGUUGAAACAGGAGAAGGAGGAGGGUAGUGAGACAGAGAAGAAUCAGGAGGAAAAUCCAAGGCCUGGCAAACCAUCGGAAGGGAGGGAUAAAACUUCAGAGACGCCAUCACCUAUACCCGUUGCUGCCUCGCCCGCGGAUUCAAAACCCAGCGGCACAAGUGCUCCUGGAGGAGGACGCUCUGGUUCUGGAAGCGGCAGUGAUGGUGGGAGGAGGGGGAGGAAAAGUUCUGCCGAAAAGGCGCUACAAAAGGCUACGAUACCGGAUGUGUACCCACAGGUUAUGGCUAUUCCAAUUGCGCGGAGACCGCUGUUCCCCGGGUACUACAAGGCAGUUACCGUCCGGGACCCCAAUGUCGUCUCUGCUAUACAGGAAAUGAUGAAACGCGGACAGCCAUAUGUCGGUGCUUUCUUGUUCAGGGAUGAAGCGGCGGAUAGGGAUGUGAUUGAGGAUAUGGAAGAAGUACAUGAUGUUGGUGUGUUUGCACAGAUCACAAGUGUAUUUCCUGUACAUGGGACCGAGAAUGCAUUGACUGCAGUGCUAUAUCCUCACCGGAGAAUUAAGAUAUCGUCGUUAAUACCACCCCGUGACACGUCGCAGAAAGCUGAAAUCGACCAGCAGAUUACAAAGGAAGCAGCACCCGAAAAACAAGGCGAUGUUGUCGCCAGUUUUGAAGAAACAGCGUUGGAGCAGCUGCCUAAGGAGACCCCUUAUGAACCAACAUCAUUUUUACACAAAUAUCCUGUCAGCAUAGUCAAUGUUGAAAAUCUCACAGAGGAGCCAUAUGACAAGGAGAAUUCCAUGAUUCGCGCCGUUACGAAUGAGAUUGUCAAUGUCUUUAAGGAUAUUGCGAAUUUGAACCCGCUUUUCCGUGAUCAGAUCUCGACAUUUUCCAUGAGCCACGCUGGCAAUAUCAUGGAUGAACCCGCAAAUCUGGCUGAUUUCGCUGCUGCCGUCUCCGCUGGUGAAGUCAAGGAGUUACAAGAUGUGUUAGAUACAAUGAAUAUCCAGGAACGCCUUUCCAAAGCCCUUGUGGUACUUAAAAAGGAACUCAUGAAUGCUCAGCUGCAGUCGAAAAUAUCGAAGGAUGUCGAAGCCAAAAUUCAAAAGCGGCAACGAGAAUAUUGGCUGAUGGAGCAGAUGAAGGGUAUUCGACGUGAACUUGGUAUCGAAUCCGAUGGCAAGGAAAAACUAGUGGAAAAGUUCAAGGAGAAAUCGGAGAAACUUGCUAUGCCUGAAGCCGUGAAGAAGGUGUUUGACGAAGAGCUAAAUAAAUUGGCACAUCUCGAACCCGCAGCUUCGGAAUUUAACGUCACAAGAAAUUACCUUGAUUGGAUAACGCAAAUUCCAUGGGGUAAGAGGAGUCCAGAGACGUUUGGUAUUAAGAAUGCAAUCACUGUAUUGGACGAAGACCACUAUGGCCUGGAAGACGUCAAAGAUCGUAUUUUAGAGUUCAUUGCUGUGGGGAAACUUCGCGGAACUGUUGAAGGGAAAAUUUUAUGUUUUGUGGGACCCCCUGGCGUCGGGAAAACUAGUAUUGGGAAGUCAAUCGCGCGGGCUCUUAAUCGAGAGUACUAUCGAUUCAGUGUUGGUGGCCUUACGGAUGUAGCGGAGAUAAAGGGCCAUCGACGUACUUAUGUGGGCGCUUUGCCAGGUCGCGUCAUCCAAGCGCUGAAAAAAUGCCAAACCGAAAACCCUCUGAUCCUUAUCGAUGAGGUAGAUAAGAUCGGCCGAGGACACCAGGGAGAUCCUGCGUCGGCCCUUCUCGAGCUCUUGGAUCCGGAGCAGAACUCUUCCUUUUUGGAUCAUUAUAUGGACGUCCCGGUGGAUUUGUCGAAAGUUCUGUUCGUAUGCACAGCUAAUAUGACCGACACGAUUCCGCGACCUUUGCUGGACAGAAUGGAAAUGAUUGAGCUCUCUGGGUAUGUUGCCGAUGAGAAGAUGGCUAUCGCGGAGCGAUACCUGGCGCCUUCUGCUAAGGAAAUGAGCGGUUUGAAGGAUGUUGAUGUGACAUUGGAGAAAGAUGCUAUUGAAGAACUUAUCAAAUCCUACUGUCGAGAGAGCGGAGUGCGAAAUCUAAAAAAGCAAAUAGAGAAGGUUUAUAGAAAAGCGGCAUUGAAAAUUAUUCAGGAUCUGCCAGAGCAGGAGAAGGAUGCUGAAGAAGUUGCCGUUCGAGAGGAGUUGGAACCAGCGUUGGACCAGGAGAAAAAGGGCGAGGAGAGUGUUGUCGAAGGGGGCGAGAAUCCCACUGAAUCGGUGCCGGCUCCUCUAGUCGCGGUACAUGUUCCGGCAAAUAUUCACGUUUCAAUAAAUAAAGAUAACCUGAAAGAUUACGUCGGUCCGCCCAUUUUCACCUCUGAUAGGCUCUACGAUGUCACUCCCCCAGGUGUAGCUAUGGGUCUCGCGUGGACUAGCAUGGGAGGAGCCGCUUUAUAUGUGGAGUCAAUUUUGGAUACCUCGCUGUCGCCAACGUCCCGCCCAGGUCUCGAACAGACCGGGAAUUUGAUGAAUGUCAUGAAGGAGUCGACCGUUAUCGCAUAUUCGUUUGCUAAAUCUUUGAUGGCUAAGGAGUUCACAGGGAAUAAGUUUUUUGAGCAUGCAAAAGUCCACUUGCAUUGUCCAGAGGGUGCUGUGCAGAAGGAUGGACCGUCUGCUGGUAUCACGAUGGCAACGUCGCUGCUCUCCCUCGCUCUUGACCAUCGCCUGGACCCUACCAUCGCUAUGACCGGCGAACUUACUGUGACAGGCAAAGUUCUCCGUAUCGGUGGCCUCCGUGAAAAGACCGUAGCUGCUCGACGAGCUGGCGCCAAAUCAAUCAUCUUUCCAGCUGAUAAUAUGUCGGAUUGGCUGGAGUUACCAGAGAACAUCAAAAAGGGCAUCGAAGGGCAUCCCGUCAAUUGGUACUCAGAAGUCUUUGACAUCGUGUUCCGCGAUCUUGACAAGGUUCAGGCGCAAAUCAAAUGGAAACCCCAACUCCAAGUGGCUCCCAGCGUCAUUAAAUCCGAUACCAACGCCAAAGAGGAGGACGAAUGAAUCGGGGUCUGAAGCGCAAUUCAUAUCCGUUCUUUUCCCCUCUCUAGACCUCUCUAACAUUUUGUACUUUGGACAGCUACUCUAAAGCUAUGCCUAUUAUUAUAUUCCUCCUCCUUCUGUCCUGAUAGAUUUCUACCCCUUCUUUUAUGCCCUUAGCCUAUAUAGGUCUGAUGUAACUCUUCCCUCUUCAUUCAAUGCAUGGGCCCGGAGUUAUUUAUAGUUCCGCACCGCCUUUAUUUUGUUUGUUUGAUAUGCUUGUCCGCCCGGAGAUCUACCGCUCUCUGGAGUCUGCAGAUCAUUUGUACUAUUCGCCUCUCUUCCCUCUAUCAUUGUUAUUAUAUACCCCUAUUAUUUCAUCCCCUCUUUCCCAAAAAUCUUCAUGCGGGCUCGGGAGAGAAAAGGCGUCAUUGACAUAUUAAGGCCAUAUAUAAAAACGAGAAUAAAAACCAUAGAUGUUGU